GCGAGGCUUUCCCGUCACUGGAUACUACUACUCCCAGCCCGCCUCGGAGCCGCCCGAGCCACCCCUCGGUCUUUCGUUUAAGAGUAGCAAUUUGACUUGCUCUGCUGCAUGUCUGGAGGGACCGAGGAAAGUGUGGAGACGCCCCGGGGAUUUAGGGAUCGCAAUUUGGAAAUCAAGCCAGCCAAACAAAUAAACAAAACCCACCCGCCCUAACAAAUAUGAGGCUGCUGGAGAGGGUGAGGAAAGAAUGGUUCAUGGUCGGGAUAGUGGUGGCGAUCGGCGCCGCUAAGCUGGAGCCGUCGGUCGGAGUGAACGGGGGACCACUGAAGCCAGAGAUAACUGUGUCCUACAUUGCUGUUGCAACGAUAUUCUUCAACAGUGGACUGUCAUUGAAAACAGAGGAGCUGACCAGCGCACUGGUGCACUUGAAGCUGCAUCUCUUCAUCCAGGUCUUCACGCUUGCCUUCUUCCCAACAACAAUAUGGCUCUUUCUUCAGCUCCUAUCAGUCACGUCCAUCAACGAGUGGCUUUUAAAAGGUUUGCAGACAGUAGGCUGCAUGCCUCCCCCUGUGUCUUCUGCUGUGAUUCUAACCAAGGCAGUCGGAGGAAAUGAGGCAGCUGCAAUAUUUAAUUCAGCAUUUGGAAGUUUUUUGGGCAUUGUUGUGACUCCAGUGCUCCUGCUGCUUUUCCUCGGCUCAUCCUCUUCCGUGCCUUUUACAUCGAUUUUCUCUCAGCUCUUUAUGACGGUGGUGGUUCCUCUUGUUAUCGGACAGAUCGUCCGAAGAUACAUCAAGGACUGGCUCGAAAGGAAGAAACCGCCUUUCGGCGUGGUCAGCAGCAGCGUGCUUCUCAUGAUCAUCUACACCACCUUCUGUGACACUUUCUCCAACCCAAACAUUGACCUGGACAAAUUCAGCCUCAUCCUCAUACUGUUCAUAAUAGUCUCCAUUCAACUGAGCUUCAUGCUUCUGACUUUCGUCUUCUCCACACGGAAUAACUCGGGGUUCACACCAGCAGACACAGUGGCUAUCAUCUUCUGCUCUACACACAAGUCCCUCACCUUGGGUGUGAGGGCUGCCUGUGGAAGCCAGAAGAAGCCAUUGGAUCUCCUGGAGCUAGAGUUGCAGUCUUGCAAGCCACCUGAUGUGGGUACUGGACACUGAACUCCAGUCCUCUAAGAGCAGUAUCUUAGUCAUUGUUUGUUGAUGUGAAGACACAAUGACGAAGGCAACCCUUACAAAGGAAAGCAUCAGGCGGGGCUGGCUUACAGUUUCAGUUUAGUCCAUUAUCAUCAUGGUAGGGAGCAUGGCGGCCUGCAAGCAGACAAGGUGCUGAAGAAGAAACUGAGAGCUUUGCAUCCUGAUCCACAGGAAGUAGCAGAAAGACAACUGGGCCUGGCAUAGGCCUUUGAAACCCCAAAGCUCGAGCCCCCCACCCCCGUGACACACUUCCUCCAACAAGGCCCGCCUACUCCAACAAGAUCACACCCCCUAAUCCUUUUCAAAUGGUGCCCCUCUAUAAUGACCAAGCAUUCAAAUAGAUGGGCCUGUGGGGGCCAAGCUAGCCACUGAUUCAUUCCCCUGGCCCCACAGAGUCAGCCUUUUUCAGAGAAGUGGAUCUGAAGACAAAUAACUGAAGUUAACUCUCCCCAUCAAGACCGUCUUGUUCGGGUGUGUCAGGCACUGUUGCCUCUGACAUUUUUGUUUAUCAUGAACAGUGCCAUGAAGAAGAAAAUCUCUGCUAGAAGAUGACUGAAAGCCAUGGCAAAAACCAAGUGUGUGCUUAGGCUGGUUAAUGAGGGUCACGGCUUACACAUGUCUACCAUUUAACUAGUAUUGAAUGCCUUCCUGAAGUUCCCACUGUCAGUGCAACACAGUGGUUUAGAGAACACUACACUUACAUGUUAGAGGUGACACAGUCAGUGAAUGUUCACAUCACAGCAUCAGCUUCUGUUUUGUGUCACGUGUGACAAGAGCGACUGUUUUGCUGUUGUUGUUGUUGUUAAUAGAAGUAAAGCAUAUCUUCAACGUUGUCUGGGGGCCUGGACAGACGGCUCAGCGAUUGACAGACAGCACUGGCUGCUCUUGCAGAGGACGCAGGUUCAAUUCCCAGCACCUGCGUGGCUCACCAGCAUCUGCAACUCUAGUCACUGAAGCUCCACCUCCCUCUUCGGGCCUCCUCAAGCACUGCAUAUAGUACACAGGCACGCACGCAGGCAAAGCACUCACACAGAGGAGAUGAGAAUAAAAUUUAUUUCUAAAGUUCUGCUGAGUGAAGCAAGGGCCCCACACUGAUCAGACGGAGCCUUUCCUGUGUGGUGACCAUGUUAAGUGUGAUCUUACUUUUGCUAUUUUUACCAUAUAAAGUCCUUGCUCUGUGUACUGUUGUCACAUCUUAUGAGCAUGACCAUUAGCAAAAAUUUUCUCCUCAGCGUAGAAAAGGAAGGAAGUGACCUCCUACUUUUAACAAGCAGUCCCUACAAACAUGGUUGCCCCUCGUGGAAGUUACAGCCAGUGUUUGAAGACCGGCUCUGUGACUCAGCAAUCCAGUUCAGUCCUGAAUUCCUAGGUAACUGUUUCCGCCGCUCUGUCAAGUGAGGGCUCCCUCAUCUGCUGCUGCUAAGACCUUCCGUCCCCAGAAUUAAAUGUUUCCUCGCCGGCCCAGGCCAUCCAUUAAACGUGGUUUCCAGUCACAGUGUACCUGUCUCUAACACCAGCUGCUUUUCUGGGCUUUUCUGGCAUCUUUAUUUGCAUAGAACGUCUCACAGAGCAGUAGGAGUGCAUCCAGGCACGGAGGCAGAAAGGCUAUCUUUAAUUUUCCUAAUGGGCUGAAAAUGGUCAUCAAACAACUUUGGAUCAAAGUAAAAGCCACCAGCCUUAAGUGCUGCUGUUCACAGAGGAGCCCUUUCCUGUCAGGCUGUUCUGUGUAAACAUUCUCUUCCUUGGGCUUUCGCCUCCAUUUUCUGUGUGUGUGUUUUGUCACAGAUCCCUGUUUCGGGCACCUAAGGCCCCGAGCAAGUUGCCCGUUAAGCUGACAGAGAGCACAGGCUGUGGAGCCAGUGUACCCGUGUUCGAAUCCCGCCUGUACCCUACGUCUGCCUGUGGCCUGGGCCAGUGUUUUCCUCUGCCUCACUUCCGUCUGGACUGUGAGGAUGGUAGUAGUUCACUCAGUCUGGACAAGCUGACAGAUGUGUGCUCUCAGAACGGGGCCUCAAACAAACACUGUUCUCACUGUGCUGCCCGGCCAGCAGACAAGGGCUACACGCUGUGUGUGAAGCCCGUUUCCUCUUCACUCUCAAGGUCUUCAUUGCUAGAAAAACCACUUCUCCAUUGUGCCCUUCGAGUCCAUUCAUAACUCACCGCUCGUUCAUUUUCUUCCAUUCUGUUCAUUUACGGCAAAGGAACCUGUUUUUAAUUUUACUUUUGAAGUAUGAAGGAAGGACCAACUUAUAGGAGAUUUCUCCUCAGAGUCUGGGUGGAAGAACGCAGUGGCUCCAGCCUGCACUGAGGGGAGACUCAGAGUGGCUUACAGCCUCCUACUGCACAGGCAGAGAUGGAGCAGGAGUGCUCUGUGGGCCUCAAGGAUUGCAGACUGUCUGGGCCCGUCGGGCGUGGUCUGCUCGGCUGACAUCUCCUUUGUCCCCUUUUCUGUGAGGUCCACCACAGGGAACUACGGGUGUAACUCAGGCGUCGGGAUGGAAGGUCCUGUUCUCUUUCUGAGUAUCGAUUAGACUGAUGCAAGAUAAUCUCUCUCUUUAGAGACGGGGUUUGCGAGCCUUACCCAGAGUCCGGUGAUGCUGAGGGAAGCUGUAAGACUUCUGUCUCACUGGACUUCAUCUGGGGUGCCUUAUUGUAUAGAAGGAUAAAAACACUUUCCUCUGGUCUCCAUUACGUUCUGACACUCAUAUACUGUGGUGGUCCACACCAGUGAUAACAGGACAGAAGUUUUCACUCGUAGGUGGAAUGGCAGACAGAGAAGGCAAGCUGGUAAAACACAAACCCAAGGCAAGGAUAUACCCAGCCUGCAUGUUAGAAUGCUCAGGGCAUCGGAGCAGAAAGCCCACCAUUUAGAUAAGGAAGCCAUUAAAGAGUUCAUACAGUCUGUGUCAUCUUGUUCCCUUUCCUAAGAACCUCUGAAAAAGUUUGACUGGUCAACCUUGGAACUUUCCAGAAUAGUUUGGGAAAAGCCCAGAGUGGUGCCAGAAUGGAAUUCUGGGAUCCAUGCAGAUUAUACACCACCUAGAAAAAAACACUUACCCUCCCUCCAAUGCCUCUGACGGACAGCCAAGUCAAGCAGUGCCCACCCACCCUGACAUGCGUAGCGUUUCUUUUAUAGCCUCUAAAAGGGAGACAAAUUAGAACAACCGAACUCUCUUCACUUUAGGGGUCCACUUUUUCCCAGUCAUCUGUGUAUGCUGCCAUUGCAUUGACAUGAUACGUGGAACUUGCUGAUUGCCUGUUUGGCCUGGUACCCUGUGCAUUGCAACCUGCUAAAUGGGGAGGACCUCUGGCUCCCUGAGGGCAUCUGUCCAUCUGUCACUGCAUCUGAACAGUGUCUGGGACAUAACAGAUAAAUGUGAACCGUUGUGUAUCAUCUUACUACCUCCUUAUAGUUAGGUGCAAGGAAGAGAUUAGGUUCAUCUUACUGAUGUGGAACGGCUUGUCGGUCUGCAGGGUCUGCAUUCUGUCUUGCCACUGGGGUGCUGGGAGCCGCUCAAGGAGACAAACACAGGAGCUCUCUGCCAUUGGAGUGUUGGCUCACAGCACCCUGAUACCUGCUCAGGGGAGGCAAAGCGCAGCCUAAGAUAGUUGUCCCAGUCUGGUGCAGACUGGGGCUGAGCUGUGCUUUCCAAACUCCAGAGCACCUCAAUGCUGCUGGGAACCUUGAGGAGUUGAGAAUGGUGGCCGUAGGCUGUUGAGAGCCAGGGCCAGGGGGAUUCCAGCUUAGCUCAGGGGUGAGUGUCCAGAGUGAGGAGGAGCCCUCUACAGGAGACUCAGGUGGCAUGGAUUGGUAACAGAGGCUUCCCCCCACUAUGGUUCUUGAUGAGAGAGACAGUCCUUGCUUGUCCAAACUUUAUUCAUGGUGGGAAAGUGGAUGCAUACGACUUAGUCAGGGUGGACCAGAGAUUGGCAGGAGAAAUGUCUCGGAAGCGAAGUUCAUUGGCUAAACCCUCCAGCCGGCCCAUCUAGAUACCUCAUAAGCAUGGAGAACUCUGGACUUUAUGCUAUGUGGCCAGUUGUCAUGGUCCUCUUAAUGGGGUGUCAUGGUCACAAGUCAAUUAUGAGAACUGCCAGGGUUCCCUAAUCUGCUCAACCUUACCCGUUUUUCUCUCUGGUGGCACCAUUUGACUUGACCCACACAGUUCAGUAGCUUGCCCAAUGAAGGUCAAACAGGCAGUAGAAAUAAGAUUGUAACUCAGGAGUGACUCCAGCCCCAGGCUUCUUUUUUUUCCCCUCCAUCUUUAUUAACUUGAGUAUUUCUUAUUUACAUUUUGAUUGUUAUUCCCUUUCCCGGUUUCCAGGCCAACAUCCCCCUAGCCCCUCCCCCUCCCCUUCUAUGUGGGUGUUCCCCUCCCCAUUCUCCCCCCAUUACCGCCCUCCCCCCAACAAUCACGUUCACUGGGAGUUCAGUCUUGGCAGGACCAAGGGCUUCCCUUUCCACUGGUGCCCUUACUAGGCUAUUCAUUGUUACCUAUGAGGUUGGAGCCCAGGGUCAGUACAUGUAUAGUCUUUGGGUAGAGGCUUAGUCCCUGGAAACUCAGCCCCAGGCUUCUUAACGCCAUAUUGCACAAGCAGUGUAGGCCACUGGCAUAAUGAAUGAUGAGUUGUGUCUACAGAGAUAGCUCAGUGUGUAAAGUGCUUGCUGUUUGGGUAUAAGACCUGUGUUCAGUUCCCAGAAUAUUUAAAAGGUUGUCUGUGGUAGCAAAUGCUUGUAACCCCAGCACUGGAGAGCUGGAGAAAGAUAGAUUCCUGGGGCUCAUGGACCAGCCAGUGCAUCCUAAUAGGGAAAGACCCUGUGUCAAAAGCCAAGGUAGACAAUGCCUGACGAUCAACACCCAAGAUUGGCCUCUAGCAUCCACACAGACCUGUACAACGUAUAGUUUAACCCCACAUAUGCAUGCACCUGCACAUGCACAAAUAAUAAGUAACGGAGAAUGAAUCCCCUAUGUAAAACAAUAGCUAUUGUUCCUGAAAAUGAGCGUGCUUCAGGAUCAGCCUAAACCUGUUCUAACCAAUUCCAAGAUCGUGGUGAGGCCUUGCUAUGGCAUUGUUUCCUGCUCUAGAAACUUUGUUCUUAGAUAAAUCAAGCUCAUAAGCAUCACUCUCUGGGGCUCUUCUGUCUGGGACAGUAUGGGAACCGUGAGUGUACAUGGGCUUGUGUGGUAGUGAGGGGACAUCAUUUAUCACUAUUUGAAAAGAGUAGCCAUAUUCCUCGAACAGUGACUGCUCCUCUAAAGCCCAUGAUGGUAGAGAUUUACCUGUUGAAUCUGGAGGGCAAGCAUGAGCUGUCCUAGGAGACUCAGGAGAGGCAGAGACUUUAAGGAGCAGGAGUAGCGUGUUCUUGUAUUCACAGCACAAAAUGCUGGGACGCCGAAUGUGUGGGUUUUUCCGAGAACAGCUAAGAAAAGUGCAAAACCAUGACAAGAGAGAAGCAGGUGAGUUCCAGGUUUGCCAGCAGCUCCCUCCGAAACUCAGUGGUUCACUGAGAAAGCACACAGAAGGAGAACAAGUCAUAUGGGUUCAGCGAGUGACCUUCAAAGUGACUCAGUAGACUAUGUGCCGUCUCUUGGCUAAGUGUUUCUCGAUUAUGUAUUCCCACCCUCAGACCGAUGCAUUCAGACCCUCAGAGCCCUAGUCAGAUACUUAGCCACCAUCUCAGAUUGCAUGUUUGUGGGUCCACUCUGUCUUCCCCCUGCCAUAUCAGAUGAACAUGCUCCUCAGAGCAGGGUGGGCAUGCGUUAGCCUCAAAGCCUAGAGGAGUGACUGAGGUUUGAUCUAAAACUGUCUUUUUGGAUAGAGGGAAUAUUCACGUGUUUUCUGAAACAGUCAAUCCUGUACUGUGUAGGAAGAAGAGUUAGAGACAGAAAGGGAUGAUGCCGAAGUCAAUCCUGGAGUAUGGGAUUUGCCUAGUAUGUCCUCCCUCAGAGCUAAGUCAGGAGCAGAGCCACCUUUACAGUGGAGGAGAUGCAAGCUAAGUCCUGACGAGCCCAUGGCCUCUCUUCAUAAAGCGAAAACUCAAUGUCUGGGUUGGCCCUGAAGUUCCAGGCUUGAGCCAGUGGCAGCAAAUGCCCCAUGAAGUUUACUUUAGUAGCAUCCACAGAAAUCUGGGCUUGGUCCGCUUCUGCCUUACCCACAGGCAUGGGUCGGGCACAUUAUUUAACUGCAGGAACUUACUAAACCCCCGCCUCCCCAUCAGUGGGAAGUGGCCACCUACUUCCAAGGGACCGAGUGAGAGCUGGCUGAGGUUCUUCAGCCGUAGCUCUUAGCAAGCAAUGGCGCUUUCCAAAUGAUGACAGCCGUAAUUAUCUUUCACUAAAGUUGAGUAGGCGCGGGAUUUGAUGAAUGGGCCCUGAAAACUCACUGUAACUCCUGAUCGGGGUAUUGGUUUUAAUUAAUGGGUUUUGAGAAGAUUAAUCUGACUGUGGUUUGUGGGGUUGAUGAGAAGAAGAGUCAGAAGACAGGGAGGCCUGACUGGUCUGAACUGGACUUGGGGUGAGGAGCUGAGCUGCAAUAGGAAGGAUGGAAACUGAGCAAAGAGGCGAGAGCUUGUGUAAAUGUGUGACCCCAGAACCGUCCCCAGGCUUGAUUUGUGGGGACCGGGCAAGACAGUGACAGCAGGGACUGCAUGGGACUCACAGGAGAUGGCAGGAUGUUGAUGUGGUCAAGAAAGAGGCUGGCCCGUCUCUCCUCUUACAGCCAAGGCAGGUAGAGCAAUGCUCACAGCAAAACCAUUUCAAGAGGAAGGAAGGAAGGAAGGAAGGAAGGAAGGAAGGAAGGAAGGAAGGAAGGAAGGAAGGGAGGGAGGGAGGGAGGGAGGGAGGGAGGGAGGGAGGGAAGGAAGGAAGGAAGGAAGGAAGGAAGGAAGGAAGGAAGGACGGACUACUGUGCAGCUACAAGUCUGUAGGUAAACUCUGAACAGUGUUACAACGUAGAUCUUUUUAUCGUGAGUCACAGGACAGCCUUGUAUAUUGGUUAAAGAAAAAUCCAUGUUUAGUUUGGGGGGGCACCCAUUUCUUAAGGAUCAGUCAGGAAAUGCUCAUCUAAUACAAGGCAGCACUGUUGAAGUCGUGUGCAAUACAAAGGGAAUUUUCUAAUUCAGAGAACAUAAAAUAAACAUAUUUAAGUUGGGGGAGCUUGUUCUUGUCCACGCUAUUUUAUCCUCUCCUUCCUGGGUAUAGGAUGAAAGGAAGUCCUCACUUACUCUUUAGAAGAAGAAAGGGCGCACUUGAAGCUCCUGCGUGGCAGAUGUCAGUUGAAAGCCCCAUUGUGGAGUGUGCUGCAGUGUCAAACUCUGUUGGAUAAUUUUAGACAAAUGUGUCAUGUGUGACAUGGAAAUAUGGCACAGUCCACAUUAGUGAUUUCCCAAGUGCUUGGAUCAGGUAGUAAUGUGCAGGGAAAGUGCUCUUUAUCUACCCACACAGUGUGCGCAGCGAGCAGUGGGGAAAUGCUUCCUGUGGAAAUUACGUUAGUCAGAAAAGGAAUCCAUUUACAACAUGCACCUUCUAACAUCUUUCAGACAAUGCAGUGUAUUAAAGAGGCAUUUUUUGAUUAAUGUUUUAUAAACAUUUUUCAGCAUGACAGCUUAAAGUCCCUGUAAAAAUUGUAAAUGCACACAUAGUGUUCACUUCCAUAAAGUCAAAUGCCAUCUCAUAAAGUCUGGUUGAAUCCUGUCAACCAUGGUGACACAGAAUCAGUACCUGGGAGCAUUAAAAUUAAUUUGCUUCAUUUAUAUUACCGUAGUGAUAGCAAGAUGAAAAGAACCUUGUAUAUAAAUUUUAUUUUAAAAGGAAAACUCAACCAAGUUUGUUUGGGUUUUUAAGUUAUUGCUGGUUGUUUUUUUUCUAAUUAACAAAUGUAAAAAUGAGGUGACAAUCUGUAUAGUAGCUUUAUUACGGAAUUUGGAAAAACACAAACCCAUCCAUUCCAGGAGGGUUUUCUGUUUGUUUGUUUGUUUGUUUUUUGGUGCUUGUUGUUUGUUUGUUGCUGUUGUUUUUCUGAGCACCUACUACACCCUCAAAGAUGACGAUGGGAUAGCUGCUGACCCUGAUGGCAGUGAAGCAAACAUCUAGAUGUAGGUUAUGAUAGGAGUCCGGGUUUGGCAUGGGUCAUGCGGAGAAGGGCUCUAUAGGUCAGUCUGGAGACUAUAGGCUGCACUCUCAGAGGAGACAACAAAAGAACAGAAGCAAAAGUACAAAGUACCAAGAAGUGAUGAGCGUGUAGACAAAGGAGCUGAGCAGACUGGGCAGCCUGGGCCACAGGGGACUGAGAGGAGCCCAGAGCCACCCACAGAGGCUGAUAAAACAGCAAGCGUUAUGAGGUCUAGAGGCAGGGAUGGUGGGAGCAGAGGUUCCCUGCGUCUCCCCCACUGCAUCAGACCGCACUAAGAAUGCUCAGGGUGAGCGCUCUCAGUAGGAAACGGCGGCCUUCUGACCGGGUGCCUGAAUGUCUCGGCCACUGAGAUAGGUUUAUUUGGACCCAUGGUUUCCAAGGUUUCAGUCUGUGGUCACUAGCCCUGUCUCCUUGGGCCUCUGGCAGAACAUGAGGUUUGAGUCCAUGGUGGAGGAGCAGAACACCUCCUCCAGCUCAUGGUGGCCAGGAAACAAGUAGACAGAGGAGGAGGUUGGUGACCAGUGACCCUUCAGUGGCACAGCCCAUGUGACCUAAGUCCUCUCUUGAGGCUUCAUUUCUUUUAUGUCCCAAGAGCCCAAGCCUUUAACAGCUGGGUGUUUAGGGGACACAAGAUCUAAGCCAUAGCCCCAGGCUCCGGUACAGCCUGCUUUCUGGUACCUAGCCAACACACUUGAGUGCUGGUGGAAUGAAUGAAUGAAUGAAUGAAUGAAUGAAUGAAUGAAUGAAUGAAUGAACAAACGUACAUACGUUUCAGUGAACUAUCUACCCAGUAAGAGAAGCGGACAAGAAUGUACCUCAUUCACAAGCUGCUGGAAUAAACACUGUAGUGGUUUCCUGGUUUGACAUGACAGAUUCAUUACCAGGUAGCAGAAAUCGAGUGAGCUGGCACAGUGGCUUCUGAAGGACCCUGUAGCUUAUCUGUGGCUUCAACCCAUUGUCCAGGUACCCCUGGACUCCCGGCAGAGGCACCCCAGGGCAGACACAAUACAUUUUCAGUCAGAAAAGUGUAGUGUCACAGCACAGGACCUGCUGAGGGGGGACUUGCUGUCUCUCUGUGCUGCCCAGCCUUCUCUUUCCACCCAGUACUUGGAGCGUUCGAGAGUCUGCCACGGUCUCACUCAGCCGGGACUUGGGGGAGGCAGGGGUGCUGAAGGAAAGCAGUGUUGAAAUAAACAGGUUGAGAGGAACUCUAGAAAUAGAAAAGGAAA